AUGCAAGGCGAGGCGAAAGAUAUCGAUCGUAACAUUAUUAAAGUGUAAGUACAACUUUAUAUAUUAUAUAUUCUGUAUUUUUUAGGCCAAGUUUCUGAAGGUUAUAUUAGACACUACCCUCGGCUCCAGAGGUCCGUUGUAGAAAAACCUAGGAAAUAAACUGUGCUCACGGUUCGAAAAAGCUCCGUUAUUUUUCUUCUCUCGGUGCUUCGCCCCUCGCUUUCGCUGCUUCGCCGCGAACUAUCAUGCUCCAGAUAAGAAAACGUAACCGCUGGAACCCAGGGUAAUUAGACACAGGUAUGCAUUGCUGAAAUACACUCAUUUAAUUACAUCAGAACUUAAUUCCUUCGGGUUUUAGAACUCAUUAUUCUUUUACAGAAGACUUUCGUAUGAGGUGAAGAAAAUUAGGCUUAGAAAGUCACGUUGCAUUGGAGAGAACCCGUUUUUUCCGGAAGUUAUUUACCCGUACUAGUACCCAGAUAGCCUGAAUUUUCAUGACGAGUCUCGAACAAAUGUUGCGCAACGCUGACCAUUGAGACGUGACACUAAAUAUUUCCAAAAAAAUUAAUUACUUAAAUGGUUGAAUUUCUCAUCAAGAGUUUGUCUUGCAAAUAGAGUCUGUGUUAUCAAUUUUGCUGGUAUUCAUCCACUGACAUCCAUCGGUCUCUGCCACCUUUGCACCUGCUUUGCCUUAAUUACGUUGCUCAUUUUAUUUUGUUUUUACUAUCAUUGAGCAAUUUUAUCAGACACGACCCCACGAGCGAAGCAUCGCUUUAACGUUUACCUUAUAUCGUGUAUAAAUAGAGGAUAUUACAUGACAGCGCGGGGAUACGAAUUUUAUCUUCGAGUGCUGAAAGUACGAGACACUUUCAGCACGAGAAGAUAAAAUUCGUAACCCCAAGCGGCCAUGAAAUGUUCUGUUUAUUUUAUAGAUUCUGAUGAAAUUCCUACAUAAAACACAACUUUUUUUUAUUCAUUUUCGAAACAGCAAAGUAGUGCAAUUAAAGUGGUCACUUAUCAAAAAACGCCUGUCACAAAAAUGUUAUGAAACUCGGAUAUAAAGUUAUAAAGGAGAAAUAAAGACAAUAAUUGGUUAAUCAUAUUAGUAACCAUGGCGACACCAUUAUCCUCACACGUGAAAGAUAAAAAUAGUAUCUUCACUGCGUGCGAUGAAGAUAUGAUUUUUUAGUAAAAGGAAAAAUCCUGGUAUUUCAUCAGUAUCUAUAUAAUAAAUAAAGAUUAUUGACUGAUUGUAACUCUCGAUGCAACGAGAUAAAAAUGCGACCACAAAGAAAAAAGAUAAGCUUAUUGGUGCAGCAUUACAACCUAUACAAUACGGUAACCUAAGUACACUCGCCACAAGUCGACCGCGAGAGCGGAAGGCGCGAGAAAAGCUCUCCUAAAAGCGAGUGAAGACGACGAGACGUAUUAAAGUUGAGAAAGUGUCAGGAGUGUAUAUUAACCUAAGCAAAAAAUGACCUGAUAAAUGCGAAAUUGUAGACAUUUCAACAGAAUUUACGGUUUACAGCUGCGCGACAUUUGCACGACGAAUUAAUUUGUUUUGCAUUGUCCCUGGUUUGUUUUGUUUUGUUUUGUUUUUUCUAUUUUCUCCGUUGAACUGAGUUGCCCAUACCUACAUUCCACUACAUUUUCUCUAUCUUCGUCCCACAUUCUGCUCAUCAAGUCUCGCGAUAAGUACAGGAUUUAAUGGACGUUCUGUUUUUUUUUUCUGGAAUGCAUAACGCCAUAGCAACCGCCUGAGUUUUUGCUAGAACGUUUCUUCACUUCACUGCUUUUAGACAUGAUGUAAUGAGUAAGCUAUUUUGAGUUGAGAAUAAAGAUAUAUUAGAGCAGUGCAGUGUGUUUAAGCAACCGAAUCGACUUGGUAACAGCACAGAGUUAAACAGUGGAGAAGAGUUUUUGGCCAGAGGGUGUGAUUUUACCACAACUUGGAAUCUUUGAAGUCUUUCAUUAUAAGAGUGAGUUGCAACCUGGGGUUUUAACUAUUUUCUGGCUGUUUGUUGACAGACCGGUCAGUAAAUCCUUCUACAGGGUUUUUCUUAUGUUCUAUUUCUUUAAUUUCAUUUUCCCACUUUUUCAGGACCUAAGUUAGAAAAAAUCAAGAGGGGGUCUUCUUUUGCAAAAAUGCGAUUGACCCUACUAGACAAGAAGUCUAAGAGUUAUUCAAUCUAUUGAGUCAUCUGAUUAGAAAAAAAGUAAGCAAAAAGUAACUUAAAAGUAUACACAGCAAGAUUCAUUCUCAAUUUCAUGUUCUAUAUUUUUACUUUAUAAAAAGACAUUGACAACAGUGGGUCUUUUAAACUGAUGCAUUAAAGGAGCAGUGUCACGUAAUUUAUCAAACAGACACCGGGGCUGCCACCAAAUUGACUGAUACAUAAAAAUAACUGCAAAAAAAUUAAAAUAAAGAAUAAAUAUUUAUUCUUUAUUUUAAUUUUUUUGCAGUUAUUUUUAUGUAUCAGUCAAUUUGGUGGAAGCCGUGAGCCCAGGUGUCUGUUUGAUAAAUUACGUGACACCGCUCCUUUCUAAGCAUCAGUUUAAAAAACCCACUGCUGUCAAUGUCUUGUUAUAAAGUAAAAAUAUAGAACAUGAAAUUGAGAAUUAAUAUAAGAUCAAAUACAAGAAGGAGGCACAGAUGGACUCGAAAAGGAGUGAAACGGAUCGCAAAGGUGGUUUUUGAAAACUAAGUCUUGUUAGCCCAGCAGUUUUGCAAAGUUGAUUUUUAUGGUUUGUAACAUUUGAUGCUCGGGAGACAUAUUGUUGGACACGAAGCUGUGAUUGUGUCAUUCUAGCCUACGUGUAGCCGCACCCUCCCCCCGACAAAAGGGAGGGUGCGACUACACGUAGGCUAGUGUCAUUCAACAAUAGUUUCUCAUGACAAAUUCCAUACAUGCCAUUCCAUGGCACCAGACGGGCGUGACAGAGCCCCUUAAUCUCUAUAGUGACGUAGUUGAGUUAUGCAUUUAGGUGUCGUGCGUAAAUUAGUACUUGAGAGUCAAGAAAACAUGUUAUAGUUAUUGCUGUAAAUGUACGAAAGAAUGUCUACUUGAGCUUUGAACAUUCUAUCACGUCUUGUCCAAAAUUUCUAAUUGUAGACGAUGGAAAAUUCUCAGUCGACUUGCAUGUCCACUCUUGACGUAGACGGGUACCUGCCUCGAUACCGAUAUUCCAAUCUCGGUAGUGAAAAGGCCAAACGUUAUAGCGUCGAUGGGGCUUUCUAAAAAUGUAACGGAACAAACGACAUAACGAGAGGAAGGAGAGCAAUUUGCUUUCAAAGACCUUUUCUGCAUAGUGACGUAAUUCAGUAAAAUUCAAGAUAAGAAUGUUUCCUUCUUCUAAAAUUUCAGGUUACAGUAUUUUCACAUUAUCUUUUCACAAAUUUCUCUUGCUAAAGCUGGUGAACGGCAGAGUUUGUAAGCUCUUUUUCUUUGACUUAAUAUCCGCCGCGGUCGGUUUCCCUAGACUAAGUAAUCUUGUGCCAUACAGCUAAUUAUAAGGCGGGUAAGUAAACGUCAGCGAAUGAAUGAGCUUAAGAACCAUCUUAUUCUGUUCACAUGCCUUUUCAAAAAAAAAAAAUGAAAAGCAGAGAUAAUUUUUUGUCUAAUUGUCUUGUUGUUAUGACUCGAGUAUUUGUUUAUCGAGGUUAAGAUAAAAGUUACCCUAUAAGUUAUGUCCUUAGUAAUAGUUGAUCUGGACACAGUUUAUCAAACAACAAUUAAGACAAAUUAACUUGACCAAAUUUGUUUGUUUUUCGAUUUGUUUUCCCAGUAACAAGUUAUGUUGUUUGUUUGUUUUUGCAUCUACCUUUAGCCCUACAAUGCCUGGAUACGAGUUAUCUUCAGCGGACCGAUCAGUUAUCGACAAAAAGAAUUUAUGCCCUAAAUGUGAGGGACUUCUUAGAGAAGCUGUGCAAACAAUAGCAUGUGGACAUAGAUACUGUAAAACAUGCGUGGAAACGAUUCUUUGGUAAGUACUUCAGGUCCUUGGUAUAAGCAACGAUUACGGAAGCGUCUAAUACGGUGACCGGAAGUAAUUUUUUCCCGCCACGCGUCAAUUCCUCAAGACAGCAGUAAAAACAUCGCCUUUUAAGCAAAAAAGAACUCGCGUACUUUUAACCUUUUUGGUGCUUAUUCCACCUCACUUUCUUUGCAAAUAUAGGCGAAUUAGAAAGAGAUAAAAUUUCGUCGUCGCUUGUUUAUGCCCUUCACAAAAUAUGAAAAUAGACAUUUUCAAUCAUUAGUCGUGCAGUGACAGCAAAAAAAGUACAAAAACUGUGAUGUUUGAUAAACACUGAUCCCUGUCCCAACUAAAUUUACAGGCAAGAAGUUGGAAAGUGCAUCAUCGAUGGAUCAGAUAUUCAUAGGGAACAGGUUUGCCUUUUCUUUUGAUAGUUAAUGAAUCUUCUGAAUACAUACUACGACAGUCCGAAACAAGGCACACUUCCGUUUUAGUUUAGCCUGAAUAACAGACACUUUAUGAGUCAAGCGAGACGAAAGUGGCAUUUCUUAAUACGCGGUUAUUUUAGUUAGUCUAAGUACCUUCAAACGCGCGCCACCCAGUUAUGAUGCUGUAUCCUCAUUCCACCCUCACCCCACCCCACCCCAUUUCGAUCCUUUAACUUUUCUUUCUUUCUUUCUUUUUUCAUUUUACUUUUCUUGAAAGAAAAAAAAAUUAAAAACUUUUCUUUAGCUCAGUUGCAAGAGCACUGCAAAUUUGAGCGGGAGACCCCGGGCUCAGUCUUGGUUUGGCCGGUAGCACGUCUUUGGUGAUCACAUUCCUCUUUCUCAAGUUAAUUCCAGGGAGACACAAAACGACACUCUUGCUCGAAAAGAGUAGUGGAAGUCUCUCCGUUGAUGCCGUCCACCUCUACCAUCACAUCACUCCAGUCGCCACAUAUAUCAUACAAAAAGCUCAUAAAUGGACCGAUAGCGGACGUCAGUGGUGCCAUUUUACGCUGACGUCCUAUUUUACUGUUAAUGGAGAGAUUAUUUACAAUAACUUUUACCGCAAACGGGGAAAAUGUGAAUUUGAACCUCGUGACAUAUCUACACAUAAAAAAGUACUUACGUGUCAAAUUAGACUGCAAAACGGUCGGUUUUUUUCUCAAAAUCAGUAAAGAAAUCGGUAAACGUGGCGCAAGAGUCUUACGCGCGCGACGCGCGCGAGCCUUACACGCCCGUAGGACGUGUGAGGGGAGAGAAAAAAAACGUAUUUUUAGCGUCUCUCCCCAGUCUCGCUCUCUGUUUUGAGACUCGUUCCAGACCUUUUGUUUGACUGCUCGCGUGUACUUGAAUAAAGCGUUUUCACAUGACGUCACGGCGGCCAUAUUGGUGCUCCAAACCAAUCCUGUGGGAGUUGAUCCCUUUUCCUAUGUAAACACUUUCUUUUGUUCCACAAAUUUGCAUAGAUGCUGGUCACUUGAUUGAAAACGCUCCAUACGCAAAAAUACGAACUGUUUUACAGUCCAGUGUUAAGUUCAUCCUCAAAACGUAUUUUGGACAAUCUUCAUCUUCUCAUUUUCUAAUUUGAGAAAUUUUCAACUUGAAUCUGAAGUUAAGGUUUGUCGUGAAUGUGAUUCUAGAUCCCUCUGUAAUAUAUCACUUAAAAGAGCACGCAUGAUGUUAGUUAUCCGUCACCUUCGAAAUUAUUUGCCAACCUUUUCGUUUAUUCUGCAUGGGUCCAGUAGUAACUGUUAUUUUCGAGUCUAAUAUAUAAUAGAAAUUUAUUGUUUCGUAUCACUCUGCAGGUAUUUUUGGACCGCUUUGUCGAGCGUGAGAUACAGUCACUGUUGGUCCAUUGCAUUCAUCAAGAAAAAGGAUGUGAUUGAAAAGACGAGCUUAGAAAACGAGAG